AUGGCGUCGCGCUACUACCAAACGAUGCAGGAGACGUUCAAAACGAACAACAAAAGUCGCGAGUUCCCGGCGCAUUCGGCAAAAGUUCACUCGGUGGCGUGGAGCUGUGACGGCAGGAGACUCGCGUCGGGAUCCUUCGACAAAACUGCCAGCGUUUUUGUCCUGGAAAAAGACAGACUAGUGAAGGAGAACAAUUACCGCGGCCACAGCGACAGUGUAGAUCAGCUCUGCUGGCACCCCAGCAACCCAGACCUCUUUGUCACUGCGUCGGGCGACAAAAGCGUCCGAAUAUGGGACGUACGCACUACCAAGUGCACGGCCGUCGUCACCACCAAAGGAGAGAACAUCAACAUCUGCUGGAGUCCGGACGGGCAGACGAUCGCCGUGGGCAACAAGGAAGAUGAGGUCACUUUCAUCGACGCCAAAACGCACAAGGCGAAGGUUGUAGAAAAGUUCAAGUUCGAGGUCAACGAGAUCUCAUGGAACAACGACAACGACAUGUUUUUCCUCACCAAUGGCAAUGGAUGCAUCAACAUACUCAGUUACCCGGAGCUUAAGACCAUCCAGUCCAUCAACGCUCACCCGUCCAACUGCAUCUGCAUCAAGUUCGACCCGACGGGCAAAUACUUUGCCACGGGAAGCACGGACGCCCUGGUCAGCCUUUGGGACUUAGACGAGCUGGUGUGCGUGCGUUGCUUCUCCAGGUUGGACUGGCCCGUGCGGACGUUGAGCUUCAGUCACGAUGGGAAGAUGUUGGCGUCGGCAUCAGAGGACCACUUCAUCGACAUCGCCGAAGUUGAAACAGGCGAGAAGCUUUGGGAGGUUCAGUGCUUGCCCACGUUUACGGUGGCCUGGCACCCCAAGCGCCACCUGCUGGCCUAUGCCUGCGACGACAAGGAUGACAAGUACGACAACAACCGAGAGGCGGGCACCGUCAAACUCUUCGGCCUUCCCAAUGACUCCUGA